UCGUUUCAGACUGCGCAACAAGUUGCUGCUUUCUUUUCACCUCAUUCGAAUUCAAACCUCAAUAUCGGCCCAAAACACGUUCUGCUGGGUUUUUCUUCGAAUACCGCAGAGCUCAAGAGCGUGUGAGGACGUGCCAACCCCAAACAUAAAUCAUACCUCCUAAGGCGAAAACCCUUUGAAGUGUUACUGCGGCAGCAACCGAAACUGAAGAAGCGAUAUGAAGUAAUAACCGAUCGCAGGCACGUACCCGCGUUCGUGCAUUCAUAAAUCAGUGCAGCGGUCGAAUGAUGCGACGAAAAAUGGGCGCAUAUAUAUGUAACUGCCGCUCGGUGGCGUCAAAUGAAAGGUUUAGAUGUGUUAAGCGGCCUAUAUCGUUUCUUGCUGCGUUUGAAGCCCCAUCCCAGUUGCUAUUGGACCAUAUGUUCGGUUCCAUGCUUGCCGAACGUAAACAAAAAGCGCGCGCCUGGUAGCUUGCCGGAACUGUCAAACGUAUGCCACCUGUCAAGUGCCUGGAAACUGGAAAACUACUGGGUAAAGAUACGAAGCGGCGUAAAAACUACUUGGUUACCGUUACUUAGGCAACACGGUCGAGCACCUGGCGGUUGUGCUGCGAAUGCGUUGUUUGUUUGCUGCUAUAGCAGGACGUGUCAGUCUUGCCAAACCUUUCGGAACGUGCUGACAGACAUUCCUUUUUCGGGGGGGUCCAUUUUCUUUCUCUUUCGUCUAAAAAGAAGCAAAAUUCUAGUUGUUUUAUCUAAAUUGUUUUGUGCACUAAAUUGGUUGGAAGUGAAUAGAUUCGAUGGCGAAAAAGGGAGGAGUUCAGCAGCUCCAGACAGAAAUCAACACGGAUGAUGAGUUUGAAAAAUUUCUCGAGCGUGAUGGGUUGCUUGUUAUGGACGUGUACACGGAAUGGUGCGGACCGUGCGUAGGUAUGAUUGGAAGUUUGAAGAAAAUCAAGCUGGAACUCGGUGGAGACAACUUGCAGCUGGCCAUCUGUAAAUCGGACGAAAUAGGCGCGCUGAAACGGUUCCGCAACAAGAGUGAGCCAACGUGGCUUUUUGCCUCGCAUGGAAAGAUCGUAAAUCUGAUGUUCGGCACAAAUGUGCCGAAGCUGAUCAACCUCAUCACCGAAGAGCUGGACAUUGAGCUAAAAUGUCGGGCAGGUGAGCUGGAACGAAGCUACUACGAGCUAUGGGAACUUACGCCCGAAGAGCAGGAGCGGGAAGAUGUGCGCCAGGAGCGAGAAGAGGAGGUGGCCCGCAUCGAGAAGGAAGCGGCCGCCAAGAAGCGGCUCGACUACAUCACCCACGUUACGGACGAGAUCAUGACCAACAUUCCGGACAUGGGCAUCACGCUCUUUAUGCCGCACGUACACAAGGACGUGUUCAAGAAGCUGCACGAUCACGCCGAAAAGCACGAUCUCCACAUGAAGGAGAAGCGACUGGUCCACCUGAACCCAAAGAUGCUGGAAGUGCUGCACUUCGAGUGCGAAAACCGACUAGCGGACGAUGUGUUCGAGCAGAUCUACUACAAGGACAUACAGGCGUACGUGUGGAAGCUUACCGAGGGCGAAACGCGCUCGCCGGAGGAGGUGAUCGGAGCGUUCGUGAAGAUAAUCACCGAACCGGUCGAGGUGCUGGAUCCGGACGGUAACGUGGAGAAGGUGAUUCCCCGCAUGAUCGAACCGCUCGAGAUGAUGUACAAUGCGAACGAUGGAACGUGGAAGAUGGUUUCGAAGUUGCCGCCGCAGAAGAGCGCAAGUUCGAUUGCGACCACGACCUCUUCCGAGUCGUCCCAGAACGCUUCGAAGGAAACGUUCGACGAGGAGGCAUGCCCCCGGCUGAUCAUCCCGGGUGUGUGGACACCGACGAAUCAACGCGCCAAUGCGGCCCUAUUCUAUCUACUGUUCCGUCAUCUAACGGAGCACUUUCUGCCACCGGAUCCGGUGCCGGAACCACCCCACAUCUGCAUGGUGUUUGACGCCUACAAGAAGCGGGACGUGCUCGAAGUGGCAAUGAACGAGAAGUACAAAACGCAGGUUAUGGCGUUCGGGUACUUUAGCACCGGUGAUCCGAAAACGGCGGAACUGAUCGCCAAAACGACCGAGCGCUACAUGACCAAGCGCCCGAACGUCAACGACAAGCUCAUCAUGAAGGUGUCGAAGGCUACGAGCCACGCGAUGCUUGCGCUAACCGCGAUGGGUCCCUGCUACGUUAGCCAAAACGCUGUCGAGGGCCAGGAGGAGUGUGCGGCCCUGUUUCCACCCAACUACAACUUUGUGGAGGAAGAAAAUGAAACCGGCGAGGUGGAGAAGAAGAAGCACAAAAAGAAGCGACGCGGCAAGAAGAGUGACACAUCGGUAUCAUCCGCUGCGGAUUCAGCCGUCUCGACCACGCCAUCCGCAGAGCCGGGCGCUGAUGGGCAGGGAGAGUUGGGAACGAUCGGCGAAGGUUCGACCGGUGAGGAAGGAGAAACGACCUCUUCCUCUCAGAAUUCGCCCGAAAAAACGGGUGGCGAGCCCGAGGAAGGUGGUGCUCCGUCCUAAAACGCUACGGUUUGGUUGCAACACAUUACACACGGUUUUGCAGGUUUUUCUUUUUUAUUUUCUUUACAAAUGCAAAUGCAAAACAAUACAUUAGAUUAACGUAAAAAA